AAAUUGCGGCGCGUUUUUAGCCACUGCGACCGUGGUGCGAGGGUGGAGGCGCCGCCAUGGAGCAGUGGGAAAAGGACGCUGAUUCGGACGCAGACGAUGUCAUGGACUCAUUCCUGGAUAAGUUCCAGAACGAGUCUUACAGUGGCGGCUUCCGCGAGGACCAAUGGGAGGAGGAAUUUGAAAAGGUCCCCCUGUUUAUGAAGAAAGCACCAUCCGAAAUUGAUCCCAACAAAAAUCCUGACUUGGCUUGCCUCCAGUCAAUAAUUUUUGAUGAAGAGCGAUCUCCAGAAGAACAGGCCAAGACCUACAAGAAUGAGGGCAACGAUUACUUUAAAGAAAAAGAGUAUAAAAAAGCCGUGAUUUCGUACUCUGAAGGAUUAAAGAAGAAGUGCACAGACCCUGAUUUGAAUGUUGUCCUUUAUACCAACCGGGCAGCUGCACAGUACUAUCUAGGCAAUUUUCGUUCUGCUCUCAGUGAUGUGACAGCUGCCAGAAAGCUAAAACCCUGCCACCUCAAAGCAAUAGUCCGAGGUGCCUCGUGCCACCUGGAGCUGAGGAACUUUGAUGAGGCCAUGAACUGGUGCGAUGAAGGGCUGCAGAUAGACUCCAGAGACAAGAAGCUUCUGGAAAUGAGGGCUAAGGCACACAAGCUGAAGAGAAUUGAACAGAGGAACAUAAGGAGAGCAAAUCUGAAAGAAAAGCAGCAGCAGACUCAGAAUAGGAUUUUAUUCCAGGCCAUCAAGGCUAGGAACAUCAGGGUGGUCUCUGAUGGCACCAGUGAGGAUGAAGAUUCAGACACAGAAGAUCUGGGUGAGCUUUUCAUGGAACGGGUCAGCGCGGAGAACCGCCACGGAACCAGGCUGAGUAUAGAUGAGCAGGGCAGGUUAAGCUGGCCUGUGCUCUUUCUGUACCCAGAGCACACCCAGUCGGACCUCAUCACUGCUUUUCACGAGGAUACCAGGCUUAUUGAUCAUCUGAAGGUGAUGUUUGGUGAAACACCCUCUUGGGACUUAGAGCAAAAAUACUGCCCCGAUAAUAUAGAGGUCUACUUCGAGGUUGAAGGCGGGACAGAAAUCUACCGGGUGCCUACCGAGCACACCCUGCUGCAGGUGCUGCAGCACCCCAGGUACUUGGUAAAAUCCCUGGUACCAGCAUUUAUGCUCUAUGUCAGAGACACUAGUGUUUGUAAGGAAUAUCUCCGGGGGAAAAAGCUGCAUCAGAUAAAGUGACCGAGCUGGGCCCCUGGAUCUCGUCCCUCACUCUCCUCUGCCUGGAAUUCUGCCACCCUCGGGACAGUCCGUCCUUGCAUCAUGGUGGGGAAGAGCUCCUGACUUCCUUGAACUACAUCCUGUCUGGUCACUGCCAAGUUCCAGCUGGUCUCUACUCUCCUGUGUUGAUACAAAACUGUAGCAUGGUCAUGACACCCUUAGAGUCCCUGUGAGCUGUGUCACCAUCAGCCUCCAUCUUAUCAUUACCACAGCAACUGACCUGUGGACACUGGCUCAGGACCCAGUGCCAGGGUUUGGACCUCAGUGUGGUAGCCUCGGAGAAGCUCUGCAGAGAGGCUUCUCUACGGGGAUGGGAGACGCUUAGGGUGAGAUGGGGUCAGGAAAGCCUGUUUCUGUACCUUUAAAGACCGAUAAAUAGGGUUCCUCCAAAACCUCUUUUAAAAAAAAAACCCAAAAUUGACCACUUUUCCUGAUCUGUAUGGUGGGGCGAACUGUGAAAGACUUGUCCUUCCCCAGUGUUCACAUUUUAGGAUUUUGUGCCUUUUAGAAGUCUUUACAGUGGAGUCAUUGUCCUGGCUCGUGUGUGUGUCUGCAGCUGUUUGCCUCCUUCCUAGAGGGCAGUACGUGGCCUCACCUGCAGCCAUGUGGUGUCUUGCAGUACCUAUUCCACCCACCAGGGUGUGCAGAGGGAUGUGGGCGGACGUGUCCGGAGGGAAGGUUGGUAAGUUCAUGCGCUUUUCCUUCUGCCAUGAACAUACUUCCCAGAUAGGGACUCUUCCAUCAGCCGGGGUGCCAGAAUGGCAAGACACGUGGAGCAGAAGCAGCCGGCCUGUUGACUGUAACAUGAACGAGAAAUCAAUGUUGUGGUAGUUAAGCACUGAGACUGUUAUAUAGCAAAGCUAAAUAAUACAUCAUUAAAUAGAAACUGGCUGCUGUCCUCAAAAUUGA